AUGAGAACAUUUAGUGGUGCCAGAGAUGGCCACAACAAGAAGAGUCAAAGAGAGCGGGUAUCGCCUUUCAAGAUAAACAAUGUGAGUACCAAGUCACACUAUAAGGAUGCUGGUAUGCAUAAGAAAAACGGUAAAGUAAACGGUGGUCCAAUUAAACAUAAUGGUAAAAUUGGCCGUGAAGUUAAAUUUGGUGAUGAGGAGGAUGAGGAUGAUGAGGAUUCCUAUGAUGACAACAGAAUGAUGAAUAAGGCUGACUUAAAGAAGAAAGCACAGGAAUUGUUAAGAAUUAGGAGUACAUUACCUGUGUAUAGCAAUCGAGAUGAGAUCAUGCCAUACUUGCUAGAAAAUCAGGUAACGAUCCUUAUUGGUGAGACUGGUUCUGGUAAAUCUACCCAAAUACCGCAGUUUUUGCUGGAAGAUUUGUAUAAACAAAAUAAAAGAGGAUCCAUAGCAGUAACACAACCUCGUAGAGUAGCGGCUAUUAGCUUGGCUACACGUGUGGCUCAGGAAUUCGGUUCGAGGGUUUCUGAUAAAGUAGGUUAUUCUGUGCGUUUUGAUAAUGCUACAAGCGAAAGAACUAGGCUUAAGUAUUUGACAGAUGGUAUGUUACUAAGAGAAUUAAUGAUGAAUAAGGAUUUAAAAGAGUACAGUGUUAUAAUAAUUGAUGAAGCACAUGAGAGAACUGUGCUUACUGAUUUGAUACUGGGUUUACUGAAGACCCUAAUUACAACUACCAGAAAAGAUUUGAAAGUCAUAGUUAUGUCAGCUACACUUCAAGCUGAGGCCUUUAGUAACUUUUUUGAUAAGGCUCCAAUCCUCUUUGUAGAGGGAAGAAAGUUUAAUGUCACGCAAUAUUAUCUAAAAGCACCAUCUGAUGAUAUAAUAGAUUGUGCCAUAAAUUGCUGUGUUCAGAUAAAUCAAGGUGAGCAAUUAGGAGAUAUAUUGUGUUUCCUUCCUGGUCAAGAAGAGAUUGACAAGGCAGUUACGAUCAUGAAUAAAAUAGCUCCUGUAAUAGCAAAAGAGACAUCCGUUCCGUUGAUGUUGGCAUAUCCUCUAUAUGCAGCUCUUUCUCCUGCACAACAAGCAUCUGUUUUCAAUCCAGUGAAAGGUUUUAAGAGAAAGGUUGUAUUCAGUACUAACAUAGCUGAAACAUCUGUUACCAUUUCAGGUGUGAAAUUUGUAGUUGAUUCAGGGUUACGAAAAGUUAAAGUUUGGCGUCAUCAGUUAGGAUUAGCUUCCUUGCUAACAGUUCCAAUCUCACAAGCGAGUGCCAUGCAAAGAACUGGUCGUGCUGGUAGAGAAUCUGAAGGUAAGUCAUACAGACUAUUUUGUGAAGAUGACUUCAGUAAACUACCGAAGCAGACAGAGCCUGAAAUUGUUAGGAGUGACAUUACUUCUCCAGUGUUAAUGUUGAAAAGAUAUGGUGUUAAUGACUUGGUGAAUUGGACAUGGUUUGAAAACCCUGGUAAGGAAGCCAUCAUCCAAGGUUUACAAGAGCUAUAUCACUUGAAAGCAUUAGAUGAUAGCGGAAAAAUAACCAACAUUGGUCGGAAAAUGGCCCUGUUACCAUUACUUCCUCAUUUGAGUUGUGUGCUAAUAAAAGCUUCUGAAACAGAUUGCAUUAACCAAGUUAUAGAUAUUAUAUCAUGUCUAAGUGUCGAAAAUCUUCUUCUAAAUCCACAACCAGAGCAAAGAGAUGAAGUCAAUGAGAAACGGUUAUCUAGUUGUAAUGCUGGGAAGAAAUACGGUGAUUUGAUUAUGGCCAAAGAGCUUUUCGAUAUAUAUUUCUAUGAUUUAGGCAAUGGGUCUAAUGCUACACAAGAGCGUAAGGAGUGGUGUAAGGAUCUAUGUGUCUCUUACAGAGGAUUCAAGAAUGUUUUAAAAAUCAGAAGCCAAUUAAAGUCAUACUGUAAAAAGAUAUUUGAUAACACACAUCUGAAACCAGAUGAUGAUGAUGAAAUUUCUGGCGAACAAUUCAAAUUGAAUGCUAAUGAAGAUGAAAUAAAAACUAUUUUAAAAUGUUUCCUGUCUGGAUUUAGCAAAAAUACGGCCAUUGGUAUGCCAGAUAGAUCGUAUAGAACUGUUACUUCGGGUGAGACAAUCAGCAUCCAUCCUUCAUCUUUGUUAUUCGGAAACAAACAAUGUCCAGCCAUCUUUUACACAGAAUAUGUGUUCACCACGAAGGGUUACGCAAGAAAUGUCAGUAGAAUUGAAUUAUCCUGGCUACAAGAUAUAGUUUCAUCGAAUGCCACCGCCAUGGGGAGAAGAUCCUUGAAAGGUUAG